CCUAGUAGUGCAUUUAUAGUACGUACUUAGUAACCUAAGGUUGGACUCUACAGCUUUUUAGCACUUGAAUCUUGCGGAUUGGGGAUUUGAAUACUAAUUGAAUACUAAUUCGCCUACUCCACCACAAAAACCACAACCACACCUCCUUUUUUCAUCUUCUUUCCCAUUACCGCCAUCGAGCGCUGUGCGCAUAUCUUUCCGACCUGAUUUCACUCUCCUCGUCUUAGAUCGGAUCUCUACUCUCACGUCGCAGUAUUUCAAUCUGCCUAGUUACGAUACUACGAUUUCAUCAUGAAGGGCGAGAUCCUCCACCUUCACUUGGGCCAGGCUGGUACCCAGCUCGGUAACAGCGCCUGGGAGCUGUACCUCCUUGAGCAUGGCCUCGGAGCCGAUGGUAAACCAGACCCCAACGCGAAGGAUGUUCUCGAUGGUGGUUCUUACGAGACUUUCUUCACCGAGACCAGCAACGGCAAAUAUGUCCCCCGCUCCAUCUUCGUUGACUUGGACCCUUCACCCAUCGACGAAAUCCGAACCGGUAGCUAUCGUCAGCUCUUCCACCCCGAGCUCCUAAUCAGUGGAAAGGAAGAUGCUGCCAACAACUACGCCCGUGGUCACUACACCAUCGGCAAGGAGAUGGUUGACAACUGCCUCGACCGAAUUCGACGUGUUGCAGACAACUGCAACUCCCUUCAAGGUUUCCUGAUCUUCCACUCUUUCGGUGGUGGUACUGGUUCCGGUUUCGGUGCCCUUCUCCUUGAGCGCCUCUCCACUGAGUACGGCAAGAAGUGCAAGCUCGAGUUCGCUGUCUACCCGGCCCCUCGGGUGUCCACAGCCGUUGUCGAGCCUUACAACGCUGUUCUAUCUACUCACAGUACUAUCGAGAACUCCGACUGCACGUUCCUGGUUGACAACGAAGCUGUGUACGAUAUCUGCCGACGCAAUCUUGACAUUCCCCGUCCCGAUUAUGAGCAUCUCAACCGCCUGAUAGCUCAGGUUGUCAGCUCUAUCACCUCGUCUCUGCGAUUCGAUGGUGCGCUGAACGUCGAUUUGAACGAGUUCCAGACCAACUUGGUCCCGUACCCGCGUAUCCACUACCCGCUGAUCAGCUACGCACCCGUCAUAUCUGCCGCCAAGAGUGCGCAUGAGAGCUUCAAGGUCCACGACCUGACCUUCCAAUGCUUUGAGCCCAACAACCAGAUGGUGGUUUGCGAUCCCCGAAACGGCAAGUACAUGGCCGUCGCCCUCCUCUACCGCGGUGAUGUCGUCCCUCGCGAUUGCAAUUCCGCUAUCGCGGCCCUCAAGGCCAAGUCCUCAUUCAACCUAGUUGAAUGGUGCCCGACUGGUUUCAAGCUGGGUAUUAACUACCAGAAGCCAAUGGCUGUUCCCACGGCGUCUCCUACCGACGGUGGCCUGGCCUCCGUUGAUCGAUCCGUCUCCAUGUUGUCCAACACAACGGCCAUUGCGGAAGCCUGGUCUCGCCUAGACUACAAGUUCGAUCUCAUGUACAGCAAGCGCGCCUUUGUGCACUGGUACGUGGGUGAGGGUAUGGAGGAAGGCGAGUUCUCUGAGGCUCGUGAGGAUCUGGCGGCUCUGGAGAAGGAUUAUGAGGAGGUCGCCGCUGACAGCUUCGAGCCGGACGAGACCGAGGCUGAAUACUAAGCUUUCCACUUCAUCUUCGUGCAUAUAAUACCCCCCACAGUUUUCCAUCCAUCGGCUCCCUUAUACUUGUUCUGUACAAAACCUCGUACCCCCUAGUUCCCUUUUCGACGUUCUAGUUGGCAAGAGAAGUCUUAGUUACUUCUGCGGGUUGGAGGGGUUGUAAAUAGAGCAGAGAGGGGGAAAUGCGUGGAUAUUCCAGCUGUCGUUGUCGUUC